AUGUCCGAGAAUAAGGGUGGCGAGCUCGUCAGGACACAGGCAGAACUAUACAGAAAUCGCAAGAAUUUCUUUUCUAUCAAUCCACAAAUCACCUGUGAUGUCAAUAUGAAGACUUUGAACGUGGUAAGCCGUUGGCCGGGUUCCAUGCAUGAUGCACGCAUUUGGGACAAUAGUGGAGGUGCUGCAGAAUUUGAAAAUAGACAAUACGAUGGAUUGCUUGUUGGAGACAGUGGAUAUGCUCUCUCCAAACAUCUUAUGACAUGUGUAAUAGAGCGAGCGUUCGGUGUUUGGAAGAAACGUUUCCAAAUUCUUACUAAAACAAUGCGAUUUAAACCAAACAAGUGUCGGAAUAUAAUUGUGGCUGCUGCAGUUCUGCACAACUUUGGAAUAGAAGUUAGAAAUGUGUGCUGUGGAGGUGAAUGA